UUUCUUCCUCAGCACCAGUCUACCCAGUAGCACCAUCUUAGUUCUGAUACUCGUGUCGUAGCUGACAGCGUUUCUUAACAAACUACAAGUAAAAGCUAGUUAAAGUCUGUUUCUUGAUUUAUAAAACACUUAUUUAAGAAAGCAAUUUGUUAGAGUUUCUUUAUAAAUAGAAUAAAACAGGAGGACGACACCCACUGUGACGGUAGCGCUAGCUACAGAAGCUAACCCCAGCUAUCUGAAUACUGCGGAUUUUCUCCGCUAUUGACGCGAAAUCCACAGAGUCUACAAUCAGAGUUUCUCAAAAUGAGUGCUGCCUCGUCCCAAAAAGUUGUCCUGAAAAGCACCACCAAAGUGUCUCUAAACGAGCGCUUCACUAACAUGCUGAAGAACAAGCAGCCCACAGCAGUAAGCAUUCGAGCCACCAUGCAACAGCAGCAUUUGGCUAGCGCCCGCAAUCGCCGGCUGGCCCAGCAGAUGGAGAACCGUCCGUCAGUGCAAGCUGCUCUGAAUCACAAACAGAGCCUGAAGCAGCGUCUGGGGAAGGGCAGCAUCCAGGCCAGGCUGGGCCGGCCCGUCGGAGUCCUGAUGAGAGGAGGACCUGCUGGGGGCAGAGGAGGAAUGCGGGGGAUGACCAGGGGAGGCAUGAGAGGAGGAAUCAUUCGAGGAGCUUUGUCUUCUCUAAGGGGAAGGAGAAUGCCUGUAGGUGGACCCAUGAGAGGUCGUGGAUUUGCAGGUCGCCUCCCAAUGCGUAGAGGAGGAAGGUUCCGCGGAGGACCAGCUGGAAGAGGUGGACCUCUGUCUCGAGGAGGGGGCCGAGGAGGAAUGCUCAGGGGAAGAGGCCGUGGUGGAUUCCGCGGACGUCUGGCGUUUGCCGGUCGAGGCCGUGGUCGUGGGCGGGGCCGAGGAGUGGGCCGGCCAUCCGUUACUCGUGAACAACUGGACAAUCAAUUAGACGCCUACAUGUCAAAGACCAAGGGUCACUUGGACGCAGAGCUGGACGCCUACAUGGCCCAGGCAGACCCAGACAGCAUGGAGUGACUGAGCGAGGACACGCAGGACUGUGUAGCUGAAGUGUACGGUGUAGUGUAGCGUUAGGUGGAAGUGCUAACACAGGCCCAGUGCCACCUGACCUUUGCUUACUUCAGCAGCAAACUCUUAUUAAAAGAAUCAUUGAAUUGAAGAAUUGGUGCGUGAAGACAAAUUAGACCUGAUGUUUGUAGACUACGCCUCCCUGAGAAACUUUGUUUUCUAUUGAAACAAACACAACAUAUAAAACUGAUCAGGUGAAUCACUUCUAUGUUAGUUUUUACUAUUUGUCUGCUCAGUCCUUUUGGAGUUAUUUCAUUGGCUUAUCUUAUAUAAUUUGUAUUUUUUUUUUUUAUGCUUCACAGGAGCAAAAACAAAGACAUUUUAAAAGUAUUUUUUUCCUUCUUUUGUAUUUGAAAAAUGUAGUACUGUUAAGAUUUUGUGUUUAUUUGUAUUCCCUUAAAAUGUUUUAAAAUAAAAACAAACUUCUAAGUUAUAUGUUAAAUGAGAGUUUUGAACAUGGUUUUAGAUUCAGCUCAGUUUACCAAAAUUCAUCUCUGUCAGCAAGUUUUCUCCAGCCUGAUUCAGUUCCAGUCAAAAAAUAAAGGUCACGCUUUAAUAUUUCA